GUUUGACUUAAAAUCGAUUCAUUAUAAUGAUAUCGUAACCGUUUUACAGACGUGAGUUAAGUCUAGUAAGACAACAUGUCGUUUGUCCCACGUCUCUUAUGGGCACGAACUCAUGACUUAUUGAAGAAGCCAAUCAUCACAAGAGUAAGAGGAUAUGCUGAUUGGAUCAAACCAAACUUUGCAGGGGGGCCAGCUAAACCACAUGAAUGGAGCAAGUUUGUGAGACAGUCGUUGUACACAGAUGGAGAAAAAAUUGUCGCAUUUGGAUUGAUUGGGCUCACUCCCAUAUUUCUGUGGUAUGCCUGGUUCCACACAGACAGUUACCAAAGAAGAAGAAAGACUUGUCAUCAAAGGCUUAAUACUGAAGUUUAUUACCCAAGUGUGAAACGUGAUGAGUCUUGAUUGAUCAAAUUUUGUUUUCAUUCUCUUUAUUUCAUAAAACAAAAAUUGAUGUGUUCAAAAUUCAAUAAAGGUUAUAUCAGUACAUUUGUUCUUGGUUUGGUUUUCCCCAAAGAGAGUUUUUAGCCUUUUAUUAAGAAGUUUAUAAUGCAGGCUAUGGUUCCUUUCCGAUUAUUGUUAAAACAUAGCAUAUUAAUUGUGCUUCUGCUAAAACACUUUACAAACGCAAAUAUUGUCCCCGAUAAAUAGUCGUCACGCUGUAGUGAGUUUGGUUGUCCCAGUAAUUUCCAACGCUUAGUUGGUUCGCCGGUGCUGAGUAAACACGUUCAAAAUAAUUUCUUGGUCGCGUUUGAGCAGUUUUUAAGCUGUAAACGCUGCAACAGAAUGAAUUCGGACGUGUCUUACCUGAAACAUAUAAUACCGAAUCAUGGAAAAUCUUUUAAUAUCGGCACAGUGGUUUUACCAACGGCGUCAAUGCAGAGAAUCGUAACUUCAAUUGCUACGAAGGUGACACAGCUCUUGAUUGGUUCAUAUUCAAAUAAAACAACAUUUAGCCAUCACUCAAAUUCAGAAGAUCCAAGUUCUGCAGAUACUGUUGUAUAUGCAAAAGAAACACUUACAGCUUUGCAGAAACUUGUUCAGGUGACAAAUAAAACAACCGAAAAGGUUUAUGGAGGUGACCAUGGUGUGUUGGAAGAAAUAGAUCAGGCUGGUCAGAACUUGUUAAUUGCUGGGGAGAAAAUGCUUUUAACUUGCCAAGUUCCUACUUUUCUCUCAGAAAACUCUUCCAAUCCUCAGUUAAGCAUAACUGAUUCUGUAACAAAGUGCUUUCAGUGUCUAGUGAUCCUACUGCUAUGUGUUGAUAAUGCUGCUGUGAGGAAAAUCAUUCACAAGUCAAAUGAAACCAAUAUAUUGCUGCAUAACCUUGCUGCUGCUAAAUCAAUGGAACAACUAGUUGAAAACUUCGAAAAAUUUUCUUCUUCUGUUGUCGAACUACAUGCUGCUGCAAACAAACGAUGUUCUGAUCUUGUUUCUUCUAAAUCCCGAACAAAAAUGCAACGUUCUGUAUCUGCAUUGAAGCAUUCCAUGCCCAUGCUUGCUACAGCACUUAACAUGGCUAUCAAGUACCCACAUAAUGAUGAAGCUGUUUCUGCAAAGGAAUUUGCAGUUGUUCAGGUUCGCAAAAGUAUCCAUGAUAUAGUGGAGAUAAUAAAAGCAAGGCCUGGCCAUGUUUUAUCUGAGGGGGAAGAAAUUGGUUUGUUUAUUGCUCACGUACAAUCACUUGACAAAAUGCUUCGACCUGAGAACAGGAAUGAGUUAGUCUGCCUUGAGCUGGAAACCACUGUUCAAUCUUUGGUCCAUCAUAUUAUGCUACUAUCUUCAUAUUUAGUGCAAUUUCCAGAACUUUGUAAAAGCUCUGAUCACCUUGUUGAAGAAAGUAAGAAGUUUAUUGAAUUGAGUUGUGUAGUCAGCAAGCUCUCAUCUUCCCUUUCGUCAAGUUUUGCAUCCGAUGUUAGUGAAGAGGAUUCUUCCGAGUUUGGAGCAGUUUGUCGGAUCGUGAGGGGGAAGUUGAAAAGCUUGAGAAGAUCUGUGGAGUCCUCUGUAUCCUCCUUGUGUGUACUUGCAUUCGCAAUGACCACAGAACCUGUUCAAAAGCUGGUUCAAGUGUUGACCGAAAAUAGGGGUUGGGGAUUUGAUCUAAAAACACUGGAGGCAUCACUGAAAGCUUUUAAUGUUCAUUGUAAUGAAGUUAUGGAAGCUGCAAAGUUUGCUAGCUUUUCCGCAUCAAGUGCUUAUUUAUAUCAGCAGCUACAACAUGCAGUUUCUUCAUUUGAGAUGGCAACUGAAAAAUUGACUUCUCUGAUACAUGAUCGGAAGAGGGACAAUGUUGGUGAAACCAUCACCUCACUUGAAGCAGACUGGAUUGAAGCCGUGAAAUUUGUAGUCAAAUCAUGCGCAAAAGCACUCAGUCUUACUGAACUCACAAACUCUAUAGAAAACAAUGUGUUCAGGGAUUUUGACAGGUGUAAUGAAGACAUUGUGAACUUAGAUGAUAUAAUGUUGUCCAAGCAUGCUAUUUUUAUCACUGGCAAGUCUAAGUUUCUUCUGUUAGUUGCCCAAUCUGUUGUGGAAGACAGCACCAAACCUUUGUAUAGAAACGGUGUACUUGCACAUGUUAAACAACUGGGAGAGGGCAUUGCUCAAUUCACAGCAAGCAGCAAUCAACUUAUUGUAGAUAUGGCUUGUCUAUCUUCUCAAGAGGCAUUCCUGGCUUCAGCAUCUGUGUUAAAAUCACGUAUUUCUGCCACGAAAAUUGCGCUUUUAACUGAAACUAACCACCCCGAUAUAACAAGCUAUGAUAGAUUGGGACUCAGAGAUUUUUCAAACAAAUCUGAUUUGUGCGGAAUGAUUAGCAACAUGCACAUGCUCAACAGUAAACUGGCAGCACUGGGUUUUGAAGCAGAGACUUCCCCAAUAAGAUUCACGAAUGAUCAAACAGAAAGAGAUUCAUCUUUUCAUGAUGUUGAUGACCUGCUUGCAACUUCUGGGCCUGAUGUAGAUAUACCAACUGCUAAAGCCAAAGAAUCAACUGACCUUGUUUCAUUUGGUAAUGGAUUGCUACCUUUAGCUGAGGAUUUGUUAACUCAAUAUAAGAAAGAUGAUAAACAUACAGAUAUUUUAAAACAGCUAGAAGCAAUGCAUCAAGUUCUUGAUGAAAUUGCUUCAUCUUCAGCAUCUUGUUCCCAAGCUUCUACAUUACAAGUUGAAAACCCGGAAAAAUCACCUUCUUUUACAGAUGAUUCCACUCCAAGCAGUACACCUCUACAUAAAGCCAUACUGCUAUGGAAGGAAUCUCUUAAUGAAUCACUAAGCAUUAUCCAAGUCCACUUUGACCUAAAUGAAGGUGACAGUGUUGACAAAUCAAGUUUAUCUUCCCCAUGUUUUGCUUGGUCUAAUGCUGCUCAUGCAAUACUUGGGGCAGCACUGAAAAUUUUCCCACUUCAAGCUACUUUCUUCAAGCGUUAUUUCUCACUUUCUGGAGAUGUAACUUGUGAUACAAUCAAAGAAAACAAGACCCCACUACUUAAGCCUAACGAAGGGUUAGUAAUGUUCACACGUACCACUGAAACGCUAAGAGUUCUCCUCAACGACGUAGUGUAUCUUUACAACAAGGCAAACGCAAAAAGUUUUCCCCACAAUUCUGAUUGUGAAUCCACAUCAAGUGAGGUUGGUGAUAAAGUGCAGAAACUCCUCACAGAAUGCAGGAAUGUUUCAUCUGAUGUUACAGCUACCAGAAAGGAUCUGCAAAAAAGGAUUGAGAAAACAGACCUCGAACAUGCAACUAAUCAAGUUGAAAUUUCUUGGAUUCAUGUUUUGUGUGUUGCCUGCUCUGCAAAAUUGCACAAGUUAUCAUCGCAAGUUGACACAGUCACAUACAUGGUGCUUGGGAUUCGUAAAAUAGAUCUUCCUAUCUCGAACCUGUGUAGUAGCGAUAGUGAAGAUUAUCGAAGGAAGAUCCACAGUUUAAAGAACUCAACAUUGAGGAAGACGGACCAAGUGAUGAAUUCUUCUUCUUUGGAACCAGAUGAAUUAUCCAAGCUUCGUAAAGUUGUUAGCAGAAUAGAAAUAACAUGUUCAAGCAUCGAGAAAGGUUUGGAGUUUCUUGAAAAUCAACGAGGGGAAAAACUAUCUAACACUGAAUUACGUGCAAAGAAUGCAUUUGUGCUGAGUCAUGUUAUGUUCUUGCAUCAGCGAUUUCUGUUGGAAGUUUCAAGACUUUCACUCGUAGUAAAAAGUCUUAACAAAAUUGCGAAAACAUCAAAAGAAAGAACAGAUUCAGUCAAGGCGGACAAGCAAACGUCAUCUGGGGUUUCCCCUUCAGUGAUACAAGAAAAUAUUGGUGGAGCAUCAUUUGAGCAACGACUUGCUGUGUUGACAAGAGAGAGAAAAGAUAGGGAGAAAGAUUUGUUUCUUCUUUUAUCUGAUAUUGAUAAUGAGGUUUCACCAGCAAGCACCACUCAAAAUCUAAUUCAAGAAGCAAAACCGCUCGAGACAGAAAAAGAAUCUUGCCCUAAUGAAAGUGAAUGCUGAUAUAUAACCAUGAUAUCAUGUUUUAUGUUUCUAAACUUGUAUGGGUGAGGUCCUACAGUGAGACACGCCAGGGGUCUUGGGAUUUAGGCCUUAGUUUUUUUAUUAUACUGGUGGUUUAAAUUACAAUAUAUAGUAUGCUAUAUCAUGUUAAUGCUUUUAAAUUUUUUAAUCUGUUUGUUGCUAAAGCUGUUGUAGUAUUUUAAUUCUCUUAAAUAUAUUGUUUUUGUACUGUGACCUUAAAUCGCCUUUAAUUUGCACACAUCAUAUGUAUCAUUAUGUAUUCAAUUUAUCAUGUUAGUUGUUGUAUCUUACUAUCUUUAUAGUGCACUGAACUUCAUUUCGUACUUUUACACAUCAAAUAUAUAUAAGCCUGGUGAAUUUGAAAUGACGUAUGCAUGUAAACAGAUUAUAUGACCCAGUUAUCUUGCAUUAGUAAUCUAUUAAUGCCUUGUUUACUGGCUGGGUUCGAUGUCGCGUUUGCUCAGUUGAGAAAUGCAAGUUCAGCUAUAACUGCACAUCACUGUACGCCCGCCAGUCUCACCGCAAUAGCAGAUGCAGUUACACAUAUAACUAACAGGAGUUCUGUUAUCAUUCAGCGUAUGGUUCUAUAGAUCGUCUAUUAACUUUCUUAGACAGUUGAGCAGUCUGUGCUGAACGGACCUCAUGAAUAUUGUAAAGAAUGUGUUUCUUCUGAUUGGAUUCAUAUCCGCUGCUGGAGGUGCCAACUUGGAAAGCGUGUACCCAUCCUAUGCUGCUCAUGCCACGCCGUUCUUUAACCACCUGGACCGGAAUUCUGAUGGACUUUUAACAGCAGAUGAAGCAGCUGGUAGACUGCGAGUAUUCUUGACCACACAGAAUGGUAUUUUACCCCAAAUCGAGGAAUAUGACUGGGAUAACCUUCCUGAGUUCGUAAUGCCGAAUGUCGAGGGAUUUCCAAUUAUGUUAGAGGAGUUCGACAGCAACCUGGACGGAAUGCUCUCCAAAGAAGAAAUGACGACGGUCACGAAAGAUGCCGUUGUUGUAUUUUAUUGGCGAGUCGACCACACUCACACUAAAAUAUUGGUCGGUUGUGACAUCGUCAGGAACCGGUUAUUGGACAUGCAGCAAAUAUUCAACUUCGCAACUUCGCUCAUUCGUACUAUUUACGCCAAACUAACCUCGUUUUUCUAAGCUGCAAUUAAUAACAGAGCAAUGUCGUGUUUACGUAUCACUAUGUAGAUUUAAUAUAUAUAUCAGCUGUACAGAUUGUUGUAUAGUAGAUUGGAGGAAGAUGAGACCCCUUUUAUUCGAUUUUCUCGUUCCAUUUUGUAGUAAACAAAGAACAUUUAGAAAGUUAUAAAAAAUUGUAUCUUCACGACUUACAUAGACCAUCCUUAAUUGUUAAAAACAUUUUUAGAUACUCUAUGCGAAAAGUGUCCUGUCUUCCCCCACCCUGCUAUAUUGUGUUUUUGUUUAAGCUUUUUUCCGAAAUAAAUGUUGAUUAAUAUUUA